AGUUCAGUUCAGUUUUUACACUCGAUUCGUUCGUUUGUCAGUCGCUGGCUGUGCAAUCGUGUCGCCCCCGAGGAUAAUAACUCGAUUUAUCUUGCGACAACGUACAAAUAUCACGCACGUACGCGAUUUUUUUUUCGUUUCGAACUACAGUGCGCGAGUUUUUCCAUUGAUUUUUUGCGUCUCGGCCGUGCGUUCGGAAACCGUGACAGUUUUUUUUUUCUUUUAAAAUAGCUAUAUUUUAUCGAUAUAUACAUUUAUUUUACUCACUACCGUCGUCACUGUGGGCAACCGGGCCUUUUUGCGGACAAUCAUGUUAUCGUCGUCUUCUUUUGCCGUUUGAACGGACACGCCGCGAGUGCAUACUAGUCAGACCUGCCGCGAUCCGACCAAACUGUGACCAGUGGUUAAGUGUGAUCUCGCGCCCGAAAAAUGACUGCUUACGCGUUUUUAGCGGCGGUGCUCGCGUGCACUGCCGCGGUCUCGUACGCUGGCGGUUCGGCCGUCUUCCAGUCCGGCGCUUACGACAACGUGGUGGUCGCCAUCAAGGAUUCCGUUCCAGUGGCAAAUUGCAAAAUUAUCGUCAACAACGUCGAGGCGGCGUUCACCAGUGGAUCGAAAUCUCUGCACGAAGCACUGAGUGGCAAGGCCUAUUUCCGAUCGGUGACCGUGAUGCUGCCGCUAAACUGGCCAGAUCAUUGUGUCGGUCAUUUACGAGGCAUUGUUAGCAGCCAGGGAGAGACACCAGACGUGCACAUCGGACUCCCACAUCCGGUUCAUGGAGACGCCCUGUGGACUCAACAGUCGCAAGGCUGUAGCCGCCCUGGUGAUGGCAUAUACUCUAGUUACCGGCUAUUCCAAGAGCCCCGGGAACUGGGUAAAGAGCUCACCAAACAGUGGGCAAAAUACCGGUAUGGUGUAUUCGACGAGGUUGGAUACGCCGGUGAUGCGGUCUACCCGUCUUGUUACGCAUCCGAAACGUCUCCAGCCGAGGUCAACGGAUGUUCCGACAAACCCAUUUCCCAAACUAGAGCUUGUGAUUCCAUCAACACGACAACAUUAGUCCACCCAGAAGCAAAAACUUCACUUAUGUUUUCCACGGCACCUCAAGUGACCAAGUUUUGCGACGCUUCCAGCCACGACCGCUACGCGCCCACCAAACAAAAUGCACUUUGCGGAAGGCGGAGCAUCAUGGAAGUCAUAAACACUCAUCCGGACUUUACCAAAGGUGUUAAUUUGUCGGGAAAUCAAAAUUUGACGCCAACGUUUAUUUUCAAGAAAGAAAUGCUCACCAGAUACGUAGUGGUAAUCGAAGACACGAAAGAUAUGAUGGAAAGGGAAUCUUGGAGCUUUUUACGAUUGGCUAUUCGUAAAUGGGCUGUACAUGAUCUUCCAGCCAACACUGAAGUUGGACUAGUAUCGGCUAACGAUUCUUCAGCCAAUCGUCUGCACGGACUAAGUAGAUUACAAACAUCGGACGCCAGAGACCAAGUUGCGUCGAACAUCCCAUACUCUACAGGUGACUCAAGACUGCCAGCGUGUUUAGCUUGUGCGUUGAAAGAAGCUAUACAGAUGUUAGAAACCCGUGCAAGCAAUAGUGGUCCUGCCAGUUCAGUUAUUGUGGUGAUUGCCGCUGGAACAUCUACGUACACGCCUGAAUUAGUUAAACAAGUGUCCGAGGCCAGAGAUAAAAAUAUUCGUUUGGCUACCAUUACAUAUCCGAUGAUCAAUCGUCUCAAAUCCCUGGACUGGAUGGCUGACAAGACCGGUGGUGUUUCAUUCACAGUUACUGAAAACCGAUACAAUAUGGCUACGUCGUAUUUAUCCACUUACUUCAAGUUGACAAAUGUCAUGCGCAAUAUAAUGGAAACGUAUUACCAAGGCAACAAAGGUGAUUUGCCCGUGGAAAUUCAUAGACGUGAAUUAACUGACGAUGGACGGACCGUGGUAACGGGAAGCUUUGUUUUGGAGGACCACAUGGGUGAACCGGCAAAGUUCACCGUUUAUACGCACAAUACGGAAAACCCACUAAUCAGAGCCAUCACCUUAACCAGUCCAUCGCAACGAGUCUACUCGACUCGAUCUGAUUCACUGUUAUCGCUUAAAAUGCUCAGCGUGCCAGCGGCUAUAAACGAGACCGGAACGUGGACAUAUCAUAUCGAACGUUUCCAGGGAAGUCCGCAACCGCAUUACGUGCAAGUGAUGGCCAAACCGUUAUCGAAAAAUUCUCCAGUGGUCAGAGCUAGAGCUUGGACAAGUGGAACGACUAAUCCAUUGACGAUUUACGCUGAAGUCAAACGUGGUGACUAUCCGGUACUUGGUGCUAAGGUUGAAGUGUUGGUUAUUCGACCUGGUUUGAAUGGUUCAAACGCACAUCGUGAAAAGUUUGAUCUUUUGGAUACCGGAAGUGGAGAUCCGGAUAUCAUGAAAGGCGAUGGAAUUUAUUCGAGAUAUUUCAACCCGAUGAUUGGUGGACUCGGAGUUUAUACUUUUGAAAUAACCGUUUCGGAUAGUAGCAGCAAUGCAUAUACUUGGCAACACAAUACCCAUCGGAACAUCGAACGAAAUCCCGUAAAUUCUGAGUCUAAUUGCUGCGGAUCGUUUAUGACAUCACCAUCAGUGGAACAACUGAAUCCCUUUCAACGAAUCAUCGCUCCGCUUUCCGUUACAUACACUGCCGAAGAUCUGUCAUCAUCGUUUGUGAACGCGGGCCGAGUGGGUGAUUUAAAAGCCGAGAUUGUCAAGUCCGAAUUAAAAGCCCGACUUACUUGGACUUCUCCGGAUAUGGGUGGAAACUCUGUGGCCCGGUACGAAAUUCGGUAUUCACAGUCACUUCGGUCCUUACUCAACGACUUCGACUCGGCACCAGUUUGGAUUCAUGGUGCUCCGCUACCAUUGGCCCCAGGCUCAGAGACCGCAUUCUCCGUGGACAUGAAUAAGACCCCCGAGCUUCUAGACCAGACACUUUUCUUGGCCGUCAAGGCGUACGGUCGCGUCGAGUCAGAUGCGAUGCCCGGACCCGUGUCUAACUGGGUCAGGGUGUUGGUGCCGUCACCACCGCCUCCGCCAUCAUUGAUCACCACUCAUUCAUCAGUGUCGUCUGCUGAUCCAUCUUGGACAUCUGCCAACCAGAACGUCAUACCCGGGAUCGCACGGGACUUUGAAAUGAAUUACGAUGUAUUGGUGCCCGCCGCGGGUGGCCUGAUGCUACUAGCUCUACUUUUGCUCAUGUACUGCGUAUUUUGCGCCGUGAAACGCAACCGGAAGCCUGAGAAACAAUCGCCAAAGCCAGAAAAAUCGCUCAACGUGUCAGUCAUACCAAAUGGCAACGGCGGUGCACUGAACAUUUCGUCUCCCAUGAACGCCGUAAAGACUGAACUUGAAUCACAUUUUGAACCUUGUCUGAUAGACACGGGUGAUCCAAAAAAACGGUACAGCGUGGCACAAUACGGACCAGCUGCGACCAACGACCAUCACUACAAUCUGCAACAACAACAGCAGCAUCAGCAAUCGCACCAACAAUCAAACCAACAACCGCAUCCUUACCAUCACCAAAGUAAUGGUCACCUCAGUGUUAUUGCCGGAGCAACGUUGACCCGUGCACCGAAACCACUAAGUCCGUAUCAAUCGUGGACCGCUUCACAACUAUUGCAUGAACACGAACGCAGAACUAGUCCAUACGGUCAGAUCGGUGAUUUCGAAAACCAAUAUCCGCCACCUGUUCCUCCUCUGCCGGCCUACCAACAACAGCAGCUUCAGCAACAACAACAACAGCAGCAGCAAGCCAACGCUGAAAACAUAUACGGAACGGCACCAGGCCAUUUCCAGCAGCAGCAAAACGGACUUCCGCCACCCGGCCAGUACAACAACUAUCACCGGAACAAUAUGAUCCUGUUCAACCAGAGCCUGCAAGGUUCGCUGAGUUCGGUCAGUAGCGGUGACAAGAAAAAGCGAAACAUAACCAUGGUAUAAUUACAGAAAAAAGUGAAGAAGACGACGACGACGACGGAGCGUUGAAGUUAAUAAGACUGACUACUUAUUUUGUGUGACUUAGGUCUUCUCCGACGCUAAUCGUACAUGUGUGUACUGUACUGUCUGUUUACCGGAUGUUUUUUGUUUUGCGGUUUCUAGUCAAAUUCACUAAUGUAGACUAAAAACCACCACACGUACAACCAAGUUAUAUUUUGUUUUUUGUUAUGAUCUCACAUGUUUCUUGUAAAAUACUUUUGUAAUUAAAUUAAAAUAAUUUCCCCUCUUGUAUAAUGAUGGUAAUUUAUAAUAAUAGUUAUCAUUAUUUUACUAUUACUAUUACUACUACUAUACUAUUACGUUCGUUAAGGACCCCAGUAUAAGCCUUAUUAUUACGAAACUGCCUCAAAUCCCUAAAUAGAUAGGUAAACUGACAAUUAUUAUUAUAUUAAUAAGUCGAGUGUUAUGCACCGUUUUGUGCCUUUUUUUUGUAUAUUAUAUUAUUAUUAUGUUAAGCGUAUUGUAUACACGACCAAAAAAUAUUAUAUUGUUACAAUAUUAUGUCUAGCUAUUGACUAGCUAUCAGUUUUAUUUUAGACUAUAAUAAUAUUUCUUUUAUGUCCAAAAUAUUUAUAAAAUUAUAUAUUUUUGUACCUAAAUUUAAGUUUGUUGUAGACUACUUAGCAAGUAAGCCAUUGUGUAUAUUCAUAUU